AUGAAUCACAAGGACGAGUUUGCCCAAAUGACCCGCUGGCUUGAACAAAAGGAGAAAGUAUUACAACAUCAAAAAUAUGUUAGUUGGCGACUUGCUGGUAGCCACGAGUUGGAUCCUUACCAUUCACGCCCACCAGAUAUGACAUUCGGUCAUAAACAAGUCAUGGUGAAACACCCCAGUGCGAAGUCCGUCAGCCUCAAAACACUGGCUAUGGACUAUGGUGCUACUCAUUUUCGAGAUGCUCUUGCAUGCUAUAUUGCUCAGCAGAGUCGAGGAAAUGAUCCCACACCACUUCACGGUCACGCACUUGAUGUACUGGCACAUGACAUCCAUUUUCCAUUCCAUCGACUGCCUGUCUUUCAUAAGAUCAAGUGGUGCUCAGUUGAUGCCCAUGGACAUGGCAAUGCACACGUUACUUUGGACAGUGUCCAUGCAAAACCACGAUGCAAGUUUGGCUCCCAUGUCGUUGCUCGCCAAUCCGAUACAGCUCUAGUGAGGCUGGGUGUGAAUUCGAAGGAUCUUCGAGAAUUCCGUGUCGGUCAAGUUCGAGUGAUUUUCACCUUACCACCAAAGUCCAUCCCACUGCUCUUCCCACCAACAAUCUGUCUUCCUACUCACCUUGCAUAUGUCGAGUGGUUCACACCAUUUUCGCCAGCUCCAGACCGCAAUAGCGGACUAUAUAAAGUCUCGCGUUCACUGCGCAGUGGUGACACCAUGGCUAGUAUUGUGUCGAUCACUGACAUUGAGCGCAGUGUUCAUCUUAUACCGAGGUUCGGUGUUAUGGCCCAAUGA